UCCCAUUUUAUAAACAUGGAUUGAUAUGCAGCAAUUCAUCGCGGCGCUACGCGCCUCGAAGCCCGCACAAAUACCCAGGCUAGGAAUCAGACUAGCCAACGGACUCAUUAACCCUAGACCGCCUACGCAGUUCUGGCAAUAUUACGUCGACAAAGUACUAGAACCAGAUGUAUUCGGAAGGUUAAGCCCGCAUUCAAAAUGCCUGCUAACAUGUGUCGCUUGCAAAUUGCAAACCCUUGAGGUAAAGACCUCAAAAGCUAAGUCAAUGGUAGAACGAGUAAUACGCGAUGUUGUAACACCUAGGCAUAUUGAAAUGCUCAAUCUAGAGCUAAUCAACAUGAUACUAGUUGCCAGCUAUACUCUACGAGUGGAAUUAAACAGUCAGGAAUUGCAAUGUAUACUUGAUAGGAGCCAUGCUCUCAUGGAACGUGAAUGUAAAUUCAAUAUCGAGCUCGUAGCAAGCUUAUUACACUCACUAGGCGCACUUGUACGAGUAUACCCGCAGAAACGUGAACAAAUUGCAAAGUCCGAAAUAGCACGGAACUUUGUUAGUGCUCUACAGUCAUUGCUACCUAGGUUAAAAACAAGGGAACUGUCACUUGUCAUAUAUGCAUUGGACAAACUGAAGCUGAUAAACCCAGUAACAGCAGUACCACUUGUAACUAGGAUACUAUCCAUACGUGAAGAUGUGCGUGGCAGGGAUAUGGCAACGAUACUAUUUUCAUGUGGAGCGCAUCCAACACUGAGACCAGUAUUACCCGCGUUAAUGGACAAUGUAUCAGCAGAAAUGGAGACAAUGACAGGACGAAUGGGCUCGAAUAUAUGCAGUGCCUAUAUUAAAGCCAAUAUGUGGGUCAAACCCCUGCCGGAAGUACUCAUAAAGACGUUGCCGAAAAUGAACGCACAGGAAAUGUGCAAUGUAGUCAAUCUGAUGCUCCACAAAGAUGUAGAUAUUGAUCCCUGUUUCAAAGAUGCAUAUGCAAAACAGCUGCAAGCACUCAUCAAUACUGUGAAACCGUCACUACUGGACGCCUUAACGAUAACGCAGUCAAUUUCAUGCUGGGAUAUAGCACCAAAUAUCGACAUGGAAUCGUUGGAUAAAGUACUGCAAAAUGCUGUGAAUAAUACCAAUGUACAAUUCGGACCCAAACACGUAUAUUUGCUGCACUACUGCCAUAACUUGAAAUGUGCCAAGACAUCAAGGACACUAGCUUACAUGGUAAAACGAGAUCUACUGGACAGCCUAACUAAUAAGGAACUUGUAGUACUGCAUAACGCUCUACAUAACAUAGGUGCAGAAGAAAAGGUGGUGCUCAACAGUGUGCUUGAACAACGAUUAAAAGCGGUACAGUGCUUCAGUGAAAUAGACCUGCAAACAAUUGUACAUUGGGGAAACCCUAAGUUGUGCGAACUGGUAGCACAAAAUUAUAUAGGUACACAAAAGAGGCAUUCAGCAAGAAGUAUACGGAUAUUGGCCACCCUGCUCAAGAUGAAUACAAACCAUGAAUUAACUGAUGCUGCAAUAAAGCAAAUUGAACUGUUAAAAGGAACGUCGACCAUAAAUAUAGACAAUGUAGUGGCAUGUUGCGAACUACUGCCAUACCUACAAAACGAGGUAGACAUAAUGUCAAUAUAUAACCACGCCAUACAAAAUGUAUGCUCCCGCAUUCACGACACUCAAGUGGAUCCUAAACUAGUGGUUACAAUGCUGUCUAUCGCACGCAAGCUUAAUAUAACAUCAAAGGAGCUGGGCAUAUUGGCAAACAGUAUCACAAACGAGAAACUUGACCCUCCAGCAUUCCUGGAGUACUUAAAUGCAGUAUACCACCUGGAACUACAGGUAAUAGACGAACGGAAGUUACUGUACCAAGCGGAACGUGCUAUAAAUAAUACCGCAAAUACAAGAAUAAAGGACUCAAUCGUACUCACACUGGCAUAUUUGGCAUUCAUGGGUAACUUGCAAUAUGAAGUAGUGCAGCCACUAAUCGCUAAACAGUUAAAUCCAGGUUCAAGCUACAUGGCUAUCAAAGCAGCAUACGUGAGUAUACUAGGUCGCACUACAGGGGUGCUUCCACCAAUAUUUGGACGCCAGAAACGCGAACAUCUCGCACAGCCCGAUACGAAACUCCAUACCAGCAUACAAGCAACUAUCGCAAAAGUUAUAGGAAAAACAGCCCUUAACGAAGUAACAGUAGCAUUGGACUACGUCACCGAUAUACUAGUGACAACAGACACACGCUAAUUUAAAUAUA